AUGCCUGUGCUCGAUCUUGACAUGAGCGAACUACAUCGUAUCUUCGACAUCAACGUCUUCGGAACGAUCCGGGUUAUCAAGGCUAUGUCUGACCUCUUGAUCGAAUCCAAAGGCACCAUUGUCAAUGUUGGAUCCUUAGCAGCAUACUCUCCAUAUGCUUUCGGAGCUGCAUAUAACGGCAGUAAAGCUGCUCUACUUGCCAUGGGUAAUACACUUCGUAUCGAGCUUAGCCCAUUCAACGUUAAGGUUAUGACGGUCUUGAGUGGACCUGUCGAGAGCGGGCUUAUGACCCGUGCAACUCGAGUUCUUCCUUCAUCGUCUCUUUACCUACCUGUGCAAGCAGAGUUUAACUCACGCAUGUCUCAUAAAGAACAUGGUAACUGCUAUCAGAUGGCGUAA